AUGUCAGCCCCAGAAGAACAAAAAAACGUUUUAUUAUUACCACAAACCAAUCAAUUAUUAGGUUUGUACUCAAUCAUUAGAAGUAAAGAUACACAUCGUUCAGAUUUUGUCUUUUACUCUGAUCGUAUUAUUCGUUUAUUGGUUGAAAGAGGUUUAGAUCAAUUACCAGUGGAAAAGCAUACUGUUACAACCCCAUUGAAUGUUGAUUAUGAAGGUGUUGGAUUUUUAGGUAAAAUUUGUGGUGUUUCAAUUGUUAGAGCAGGUGAAAGUAUGGAACAAGGUUUAAGAGAUUGUUGUAGAUCUGUUAGAAUUGGUAAAAUUUUAAUUCAAAGAGAUGAAGAAACUGCUUUACCAAAAUUAUUUUAUGAAAAAUUACCAGAAGAUAUCGCUGAUCGUUAUGUUUUCUUAUUAGAUCCAAUGUUAGCUACAGGUGGUAGUGCAAUCUUAGCUACUGAUGUCUUGAUCUCAAGAGGUGUUAAACAAGAAAGAAUUUUAUUCUUAAACUUGUUAACAAGUCCAGAAGGUAUCAGAAAUUAUCAUGCUAAAUUUCCAAACAUUAAAAUUAUCACUGGUGGUAUUGAUGAUAAAUUAGAUGACAAAAAACGUUUAGUCCCAGGUUUAGGUGAUUUUGGUGACAGAUAUUACUGUAUUUAG